AAAGUUGGAACCAUUUCAACGUGGGGUAAUAGAGCAUCAACAGCCAAAUAAAACCAGAGGGAGGGAUAAGUCUCUUUUCACUUUCUAUUUGACAAGCUCCUCUUUUGUUGCGAGUUCAUUCUUCUGUGAGGUCUGCACAACAGCUAGAGCCAUGAAGUCUGCACUGCUGAUCAUUCUGCUCUUCAGCACCUACAUGUUCAUAAGUACGGCACAAGGCUCUUACGGUAACUGCUGUCUGGGUCACGUUUCCAAAAUCAAACUAAAAGCGAAGAGUAACAUCCAGAGCUACAGGCGGCAGGAAAGCGAUGGCGAUUGCAACAUCGAGGCUAUCGUAUUCUUCAUAAAGAAGAGGCAGUCGCACAAGAAACAGAGAACCGUCUGUACAAAUCCAGAAGACAAAUGGGUGCAGGAUCUAAUCAGAGAUCUUGAUAGAAAGGAAUAUAGAAAUCAGAAGUUGGGAAGAUAAGCGUUGGAGAAAGAAGAUAUUGGGACCAAGAAGAGCUCUGGGUCGUGUACCUCUAAGUAACCCUGUGUUCUGUUUUUGUGUACAUAUAUUCAAUAGAAUAUAACGGGUAAAUUUACUUUAAUAUAAAUACAACAUCACUGGAACUAAAUCUAUAAUCUCAGAGAUGUAUGAGCCACUGUUCGGCAGCUUGACAUGUAGCUUAUUGCUUGUUUGUCCAGAGAGAGAGAGAGAGAGAGAGACAAAGAAACAGAUAAAAAGAGGGAGUGAGAGACAUAAAGAGAGAGUAAAAGAGAGAGUAAGAGAAGCAGAGACAAAGAGAGAGGAGAGAGUGAAAGAAAAAUAGAGAGUUUAAGAAGCAGAGAGAAUAUAUAUAAUAUCCAUAUGAAUUGUCCAAGAUGAGUAAGUAAUGUUUCUGUUUGUUUUUGUAUGAUCAUGUUCAUGAUCAAUUAACAUGUCUGUAACAAAUAAACAAAUAAAGCACCAA